UGUUUUGCCUAUUUCUGUUAUACCGCUUUCCCUUCCAAAUUUUUAUCCCUUAGAGCUCAUGGUUGCAUUUUACUGAAUAAAGUCCAACACAGAAAUACAAUUUGGAAAACAUUAAGGUCUGAUGCUGUGAUAUGUCAAAAGAAGGGGGAAAAAAAGCACACAUGGCCAUCAGUCAUGGAUAUCUUCAUCCUGCUUUCUUGGCAAAAAGACUAAGCAAAAUUCUUCAGGUUCAUUCAGACACAGUAUACAUGGAGCGUGCCUGGAGUUUCUUCUGUAUUAUUUUAUCCUUCUAUCAAGAUUUUUGUAUCAAAUAGAUUGGCUAUCUUGCCUUUGUCUAAAGGAAUAAUGUUGCUAUAGCACAAAAAAAAAAAAAAAAAAAGUUGUAAGGCCAGGCAUGGUAAUCGGAGGAGUUGGAGAAGCAGAGAAGACAGUGACGAUCCUGGGUCAGGGAUGUAGCUCAGUUGGUAGAGUAUUUACCUAGCAUGCAUGGGUUCCUGGGAGGAAGCAGGAGGAUCAGAAGUUCAAGGGCACCCUCAGCUACAUAGCAAGUUUGAGGCCAGCCUGUGCUACAGAAGAUGAUAUCUCAACAACAAACAAACAAAACAAAACAAAAAAGAAGAAGAAAAAGCUGGGGGAAUACACAGUUGUCUAGAAGGCAGAGGCAGCACCCUCACAGCAGUGACCGUGGUAUCCCCUCUCCAAGGCCAGGAGAACAACAGCUGAGGACAUGGACGCCAACAGGUCCCUUUUCUUCUGCCUGUGCCUUCUGGCUGUUCCCGGUGUCCUAGUAGAAACACUGCAGGACAUACUGAACACGAUGAAGCGCCUUGAGAAGCCCAUAGGCCGGUCUUACGGAGUGAGGCAUAUCCACCAACUGGAGCAGAAGCUGCUCAAUGCCAGCUUCUAUGGGCACAACUUGACCCUGCAGACAAACUCCAUCCAGUCUCUGGUCUUCAAGCUGAACUGUGACUUUCCCGGUCUCUCCCUGUCCAGCGUCACUAUGAGGAACAUCUCCAAGGCCUGGGAGCCGCAUGCCAUGCAGUUCCCAGCUGAGCUGACCAAGGACGCCUGUGAGACCUCCCGGCCUGCCGAGCUUAGGCUCAUCUGCAUCUACUUCUUCACCAGUCACCUCUUCCAGGAUGGUCAUAACUCAACCCUGCUCAAUAACUACGUUCUGGGGGCCCAGCUGGAUCACAGGCCCCUGAACAACCUUUCCAAGCCAGUCAACAUCAGCUUCUGGCACAACCAAAGUCUGGAAGGGUACACAGUAACCUGUGUCUUCUGGAAGGAGGAAGCCAGCCAGCGCAGCUGGGGUUUCUGGAGCCCCGAGGGCUGUUACACAGAGCGGCCCUCACCCUCUCAGGUGCUCUGCCACUGCAACCACCUCACCUACUUCGCUGUGCUCAUGCAGCUCUCUGGAGAGCCGGUGCCUGCUGAGCUGCAGCUGCCUCUUGAGUACAUCUCCCUCGUGGGUUGUGUCAUCUCCAUCGUGGCCUCGCUGCUCACCAUACUGCUUUAUGCCCAUGCUAGGAAGCAAAGUGACUCCAUCACACACAUCCACAUGAACCUGAACGGCUCUGUCCUGCUGCUGAACGUCGCCUUCCUUCUGAGCUCCCAGAUGGCCCCGCCCGUGGUGCCCACCUCAGUGUGCGUGGUGCUGGCGGCCCUCCUACACUACGCGCUGCUCAGCAGCCUCACCUGGAUGGCCAUCGAAGGCUUCAACCUCUACCUUCUGCUGGGGCGUGUCUACAAUGUCUACAUCCGUCGCUACUUGCUCAGGCUCUGCGUGCUGGGCUGGGGCUCUCCAGCCCUCUUGGUGCUUCUUCUUCUGGCGAUCAAGAGCUCAGUGUAUGGACCCUGCGUGAUCUCUUUCUCCAAAAGCCAGGAAAAUGGUACAGGCUUCCAGAAUGUGUCCAUGUGCUGGGUACGCAGUCCCAUUGUACACCGUGUCCUGGUCAUGGGCUACGGUGGCCUCACAUCUCUGUUCAACCUAGUGGUGCUGGCGUGGUCUCUGUGGAUCUUGUGCAAGCUCCGGGCACGGGAGAAGGCGCUGAGUCCCGGGGCCUACCGAGACACUAUCAUGGUGCUGGGCCUCACUGUGCUACUGGGCACCACCUGGGCCCUGGCCCUCUUCUCCUUCGGUGUGUUUCUGCUGCCUCAGAUCUUCCUCUUCACCAUCUUCAACUCGCUCUAUGGUUUCUUCCUCUUCCUGUGGUUCUGCUCACAAAGGCGUUACUCAGAUGCCGAAGCCAAGGCAGAGAUGGAGAUGGAGGCAGUCAGCUCCUCCCAGGUGACACACUAA